CUUUCAAAGACAUAGAAUCAUAUUCACAGGUUAACCAAAAUCUGCUUAAAAAUGAAAAUUCUGGCAAUUGUUGCGUGUCUCUUGGCAAUCACCCUAACCGUGAUGGAAGUAACAGAAGCAAUUGACUGCAACGAACUCUGUUUAAAAAGUGGAGUCCCUCAUAUCAGAGGCUGCUUUUGCAGAUCUCAAAUUUUAUCUGGAAAAAGAAAUUCUGAAAGGGCUGAAACAAAGGAAUAUAACUGCUCAGAGCUCUGCCGUUUGAGUUCAGUAAAUCGUAUUGGGCCAUGCUACUGCAGACCAGAUAUUGUUCAACAAAAGAAAAGCGAUUCCAGCAGCGAGUAUAACGAUGGCAACCGAGAUUACAUCAUCAAGGAACUUCUGAAGGAUUACUUCAUGCAGAAUGAAGAAUCAGAAGAAAAGUAACUCCCAUUCUAUCCCUCAAAAAGUUUGUUUGGAAAUUGGCUUUUGUUUCAAGUCCUAUUUUCAUGAUUGUCUCCCAGUCUAUGUAAUGUAAUCAUUCAAAAAAAUUAAAGAUUAAAAAAAUUAUUGAAACUUUGCUGUUUUAUGUGCUUAUGUUGUUUUAAGAUGUGCGCUUUGUAAAUAAAUU